AUGUCGCAGAAAGACCUCCAUGCGGCGGGGGAGGACCAGGUGGCGGAGGAGGACCAGGCCCAUGAGAAGACGCGUGAAGACGAUAGCCAGGUAGUCCUCCUCAACAUGAGCCUGGAGACCGCCAUUCACAGUGGCGACACUGUCCAGGCUCGACGUUUGCUGGAAGAGAGGGCCAACAUCGAGAGUCCCAACACUUUUGGGCGCACGCCACUCCAAGAGGCGGCUGGAAACGGACACGUGGAGCUCGUGAAGAUGUUGCUGGACCGGGGCGCCAACAUCGAGGCGCAAGGUGAGGAAGGGCUUGUCUUCAUUUCUCAUAUCGUCUUCCGUGCGACGCCUUCUGAGAGGGCGGCCUUCUAUGGUCGCCUCGACGUCUUCAAGAUCCUUCGGGAACGUGGGGCUUCUGUGUCUGUGAAGUCGCUGACGUUUCUGCUGCGUGGCGAGGGCCCAGGCUACACACAGGUGGUGGAGUCGUUGCUCGAGGAGGCAAGCGUUAAGGUGGGGCAGGCGAGGCUGAGGGAGCACCUCCGUGUGCUCCUGAUGCCCGCCGUGCUCCUCGAGGGGCCCGGCCUCAUUUUUGUGAAUGCUGCCCAGAGUGUGAAAGAGCAGAACCUUCUCCAUGCUGCAGAGGUCAGUGCUUCGCUUUGGCGAAUGCCGUUCUGGGCCCCGGAGGUGUGCGACAGGACGGUGCUGGCUGCAGUGGCAGAGACCGCAAAUGAAGAGAUCGUGGCCACCGACACCGUCGAUACACUGAUAUCCACGGCAUGGCUUCUGAUGCGUGCGUCGACGGCGACGGACAUAUUUCUGGGCAUGGGAAGCGUGACCUGCUUGUGCCUCGUCACCUAUGCAUACCGCUACGGGGGCGUGGACGCCCUGCCCGCGCUGUGGAUCAUGGGUACUAUCCACACCAAGGAGGCCGUGGAGUGGGCAUCACAGGCCGCGUCGUUCUUCUGGGGCCGCUGUUGUGGUGUCGUGAGUGCUUCCCUGGGCCUGGAGUCCUUGGCCGACUUGCUGUACAUCGUAGCUGGGUACAUGGCCAUAGCACGGCAGAUGGAGCAGGAACAGGACCUGGAGCAGGUGUUCCUGCCGCUGUUCUCGGCCAUGUCAUGGCUCCGGCUCAUGUACAGCCUCCGGGGCGAGAGGUGGCUGGGACCGCGGCUGCUGCCCAUCCUCUCCGCCGUGCGGGAUACCUGGGCCUUCUUCCUUGUGACGGUGCUGUGUCUGGCCGCUGCGACCCAUGCCUACUUCAUCUUGAACCCAAGAGGAGAAGACCCACUGCCCAUCUACUCUUCCUUUACACAGACGGUGCGGCUGGGCAUCUUCGGAGACUUCGACCUCUUCGAGUACCAGGGGCAAGAUACCACCUUCGCGGUAGGGGACAGUGGCGAGUGGGAGCCGAACGAUCCGGCCCCGGAGGAUCUGGGGCUCUUCUCCUACAUGUACCUUCAAGUCGUCUUCUUUGUUACGGGCGUGGGGAUCACCAUCUUGCUCAUGAACCUGCUCAUCGGCGUCCUGGGCCAGAACUACGAGAUCCACACCGAUCGGGCCCAGGUGCUCUUUGUGCGCGCCCGGGCCCGGAUGCUCCUGGAGCACCGGGGCAGGCCUUGGGCCAAGCUCAGCCGCAAGCUGGCCGCCUGGGCCAAGGAGGCCAAGGAGAAGAAGGAGGCCAAGGAGAGCCAGGAGGGGUCCAACUCCGAGAAGCACGACGCGCUCGCACCGGUGAGCAGCUUUCACUGGGGCAUGGGCAUGGUGGCACUCUUGUCCAUGCUGCCGAUCAUGUUCAUCAUCGGGGCACAGAGCUGGGAUGCUGUCUUGGGCCCGGUGCGCCUCGCGCUGAUGGGGCAUCGAAGCCUGGCUUUCGUAAUGUUCCUGCUUUCGCCGGUUGUGCUGGCGCUCUCCGUUGCAGUGGCUUUGCCCAUGAUGCUGCUCGCGUUGGGCCUUAGCCUCAUGGGCUUCCAGCUCUCUGGCCUUCAGUACGCCCUGAACCUCACGGUCUUUGGAGUGUUCGGGGCCAACCCUGCCUCCGAGUGUACCAUCUUCGCGAUGGUCCGGACCGAGUCGGGUGUCGACGAGCUGCGGGGCAUGCGGAGCGAUCUCAAGGACAAAAUGCUGAGGCUGGAGGAGGUCCUGCAAAAGCAGCACAAGGACCACCAGGAAAGCCUGGCCGAGCACAAGGGCACAAUACGAAGCCUGGAAGAGAAAGUGGACAAGCUGCUGGCGCUGCUCGCAGACCGGCCAUGA